AUGGAAAAUAGUGAAAAAGCGCCGCAUACAUGGUGUAUUACUGGAAGUAUUUACCACGCCAACGAAGCGAAUUUCAACGAUGUACGCUAUGUAACCGUCGCAGAGGUUUCUGCCUACGGCCCCGCUCGCAGCUGCUGUGAACAUUUGCAGUUCAUUCCCACUAUUCAUUUCUUGGCACUGGCGCAGACGCAGAUCACAAAGGACAUGGAUCCACUUCGCUCGAGCAGCCUUCAGAACAUCGAGCAGCAGUCUGGUCCAGCCAUCACUGAAGGUCACUGUUCAUUGGCGCAGGGACCCUAA